ACCUCGACAGAACAUGUUUCUGAAGUCGUGUUCAGAUCGUUAACUGUCCUGUCCUUACAAGUCUUUAGAUCUUUGCUCAACAAACUCUUCGGUCAACGUUUUUGAUGCAAAGCUUUUACCUCUAGACUGGAUCAAAAGUCUGCACCUUUUCCGGUAAAUUUUCCCACUGAAAUAAUAUUUUUGAUGAUCACACGCAUUGAUCUCCCUAAAUCUGAUCUGGGUAAAUGCUUAAUCUCCCUUCAUUGGUUGUGUCAUGAAUAAAUAUCCAUUUGUGUCUUCGAGUAAUAAUCCCAACAAGGCAUCAUACUAUGCGUACCAAAGAGGUAACGAUUUUGAUCUAGAAACAGGUUCUGUCAGAAAAUCUAGAAAGCCCACCAAGACUUCGUUUCCCAAAAUGUUCAAAUCUCUCGGAAACCGUCUCCACCACUUGUUUAAACUCCACCCAGUCCUCGUUUUCAUCGUCCUCGUCUCCUUUGGGAUCACAGUGUUGAUCUUUAUAUCGUCAAGUCAGUUUCCAUCAGCGGUUAGUUACAAGAAGAACGAUUUGGAUAACGAUGUUUAUCCGUUUGCGAAUCUGAAAAACCUCGUGAUGGUUGCUGGACAUUCUGUUUACACGAGUAGUAACUGUGGUAAGAUGGAUAAAGAGGAGUCGUGGUUCCUGGAGUCUUACCAGAAGCAUCCAGGUCAGGCUGCGACGUUCUUGAGUCACAUAGAGGAAGGUGUUGAAGCUGCAGGUAAAGAUGAGGAGGCUUUGCUUCUGUUUAGUGGAGGAGAGACUCGUAAAGAAGCUGGACCUAGAAGUGAAGCUCAGAGUUAUUGGGCUGUCGCUGAGUCUAAAGGAUGGUUUGGCAAAGAUGAUGUGAGGUCAAGGGCAUUGACGGAAGAGCAUGCUAGAGACAGUUUUGAGAAUCUUCUCUUUAGUGUUUGUAGAUUCAGAGAGCUCACAGGCUCUUACCCACACAACAUAACAGUAGUGAGCUAUGAUUUUAAGGAGGAAAGAUUUGCGCAUUUACAUCGUUCAGCAAUGGGGUUUCCGGAAUCAAGAUUCAGAUACUUGGGAACACCAGCUUCACUUGAAUCCAAAGAAGGCGCUCUGAAAGGGGAAGCUAUGGUUAGAGCUCAGUUUCAAGAAGAUCCAUACGGAUGUGUUGGUUCGCUUUGGCGUAAGAAGCUGAAGCGUGAUCCUUUCCAUAGGACUAUACCUUACCCUAAUGGAUGCCCUGAGAUUAGAGGGUUGUUCAGGUACUGUGGUUCAGCUCCUUUUCCUGGCUCUCUCCCAUGGGACUGAUCUGUGUAUCAGACCUAUACUAGACUUGCUUAGAGGAACAAAUAAUUGAUGUAAGAGCUUGGUCUCUUUUUGUUUUUGUGGUUUACUUUCAUUAAUGUAAAAGAGAAACUUCAGAAUCUUUUUGAACUAUAAACUGUAUUAAAAUGCUAUUUACAUGGAAUAUAUUACAAGAUUUCUAUCCAAUAAACAUCUCUAUAUUUAAGUUUUUAUUUGAUAAAAACACGCUUUUCGAUCCUCCAUGUUCAUUAAUCAAAGGAAACAACAACACAAAUGAAAGAAGAAGAAAAAGAAUGGUAAUGGAGUAGUUAUUACUAAAGAAACAACGGGGAGCUCUGUCUCAACGGUUUGUUGUUCUAAUUGUUUGGUUUGGAGGAAGAAGAAGAUGACUUCCUGUUUUUGGCAAAGUCAACGAGGUCUUUGAAAAGGAUAUCUUCUGGUUUGUCAUCUUUCGUUGGUGGUGUAGCAGCAGCAGAGGCGGUUGGAUUCAGAGAAAGAUUCCUGGACUGUCCCACGAGAUCCUCGUAAGAGGAAUCAGAACCAUUGCUUGUGUGUUGAGGAACAUUGCUAUGCUGGGAGUAUUGUUGCCUCUGGCUGGUCCUAACAGACAUUGGUGGUGAGAAAACCUUGGUUCCUUCAGAAUCCCAUGGAGCACGAGGUAACUGCUCAGUUUGUUGGUCAUAAACUGGUUUGGUGAACAGAGCUUGCUCAGGAGAUUUGCCACGGG